UCGCCGAGUUGGGGCGCAGCAAGUGGGUCCCUUUGCUUCGACGCUUGGCCGGACCGUCCCCUGCCCGGCGGCGCGUUCCUCCGGCACCGGCGGGCUUGAGGGUUCUCCGCCUGUCCCUUCGCUCCCUCUGGCCAGGGAGGCCACUGAGGUCCGGAUGGCGUAGCCGGGACGCGGCUGCAACUCGUCGCGUGUGCGUGGGAGAAGCGCGGAGGGAAGUUGCAGCCUGGCCGCCCGCUUCGGCUUUGACAGACCGAGGCAUUCAAGUCGGCGUUCAAGACACUAUUUUAAAGAUCUACAGUAACACUUUUUCAAAGGACGUACACUGGCAUAAAGAACAAAAGAAGUUGAUCUGAGAAACACAACAUUGCAAAAAUGAUUUUGGGUUAUAUAAUUCCCGUGUUUGUUUUGGUGCUUUGGUGUUCAGCAUCAACAGGUCCUGUGCCUAUGAAUGAGUGUGUGUUAUCACCGGUCAACAACUCCCACCCUGUUCAAGCCUUGCUAGAGAGCUUUACAGUCUUAUCUGGUUGUGCAAGUCAAGGAACUGCUGGGUUACCACAAGAAGUCCAUGUCCUCAAUCUGAGAAGUCCUGAAGAAGGCAUUGGCCACCAUGAAAGAGAGGUUACCUUACAUUUGAAUCCAAUUUCUUCCAUUCAUAUCCACCAAAAGCCAUUGGUGUUUCUUUUGAAUUCUCCUGUACCUUUGGUGUGGAAGGUAAAAACUGAAAGGCUUGCCCUUAGGAUUCCAAGAUUUUUCUUUGUUUCUGCAGGUUCCAUUGUUCUGUUUGAAAAGGAAAACUUCUCAUUGUCAGCAAAGAUAGAAGAAAGGCCUCUCCCUCAGGGAAAUAAGCACCUUUUACAGUGGGCCCAAAAGGCAUAUGGAGCAGUAACAUCUUUCACUGAACUCAAAAUAUCCAGAAAUGUUUAUAUCAAAGUGGGUGAAGAUCAGUUUUUUCCUACAACAUGCAAUAUAGAAAAAAACUUUAUUUCUUUGAAUUAUCUUGCGGGAUACCUACAGCCAAAGGCAGCAGAAGGGUGCAUCGUCUCCAACGUUGACCAAGGAAAAGAAGUUCAUAUAAUUGAGUUAAUCACCCCAGACUCUAAUCCAUAUAGUGCUUUCCAGGUGGAUAUCAUCAUUGACAUUAGACCAUCUAGGCCAGACAUCACACUUGUCAGGGACCUUGUACUUAUCCUCAAGUGUAGAAAAUUUGUCAAUUGGGUCAUCAAGUCACAUGAUGUUAAUGGGAAACUGGAAGCAAUUGCAGCGAACAGUGUUGGCUUGGGGAAAGAAUCUGAGCGCUCUAUGAUCAUGACUAGAACCAUCAUACCUGAUAUUCCAUCCUCUCAUGAGAGUUUGAUUACAUGGGCUUAUGACCGUGGCUACAGUCCAGUUACUUCCUAUACAAAAGCUCCUGUUGCUAAUAGAUUCCAUCUACGGCUCGAAGACACUGAAGAAAUGAAUGAUGAGGAAGACCAUUAUCUUCCACCAGAACUGAAGGAACUGCUGCGUAUUGGUAACCCACUGCCUGCUCCAGUCCCACCCUUAAGUGACGGUGUUAGUUUUCCCUUCCCCUUCAAUAAAGAGCAUGACAAGCAUGAAGGAGCUUUCCCAUCAACAGAUAUGCUGGACGCAAUAGACAGCUUUGAGCAGCUACUUCCAAAACCCAAAGAACCAGAAGAAGUGCAGGGCAGUGUGGAUGUUGCCCUGUCCGUAAAAUGUAAUGACACCUCAAUGACUGUAGCUGUCGCAAAAGACUCACUGGAGGCUAGUGGUUAUACUGGGAUGCAGCUCUCAUUGUUGGAUUCCGCAUGUAAAGCUAGGAAAAACAGGACCCAUUUCAUUUUGGAAUCAUCACUGCAGGAGUGCGGAACAAGACGUAUAGCUUACACCCUGGAUAACAUUGUGUAUCUGAAUUCCAUUGUUAUCCAGCUGUCAUCACCAAUUGAAACCAGUGGUUGGGCAGUUGAUUAUGAAGAUAUGGAAUCGGGGGAUAAUGGAUUCCCAGGUGACACUGAUGAAACAGAUAGCACUUUUUCGAACCGGCCUGAAAUUGUUGUGUUCAACUGCACAAUCCAUCAACCAAAGGCUCCUAAUCCUCCCAUGCUCUGGCCACCUGAAACACAAAUGAGCAAUGUGUCCUUCAGCAUAGAACUUUACAAAACAGAUCUCUUCCAUAUCCCAACUCAAGGGAUCUUUUCUGUGGCAGAGAACGGCCAGAUUUUUGUUGAGGUUUCUGUGACCAAGGCUGACAGAUCCCUGGGCUUUGCAAUUCAAACUUGCUUUAUUUCUCCAUAUUCACACCCGGACAAAAUGUCAGAGUAUAUCAUUAUAGAAAACAUCUGUCCUAAAGAUGAAUCUGUAAAAUUCUACAACAUCCCAAAGACUAAUUUCCCUAUACCACAUGCACUAACUGACAAAAAGCGGUUCAGCUUCAUGUUCAAAUCCAUAUUCAACACCUCCCUUCUCUUUCUUCACUGUGAAGUGACCUUAUGUACAAAGAAAGAAAAAGACACUCAAGGAUUGGCCAAGUGCAUCCCUCCUGAUGAAGCCUGCACCUUUCUCAGUGCUGAUAUGAUCCUUGCCAUGAUGCCAAAUAAAAAAACCUUCAUCAAACCCCUCGCUGUAGUAACUCUUAAAGGAAAGACAGAAGAUAAAUCUCCUUCUAGCUCAAAGCCUCCUGAGGGGUUCCAACCUGUCUUCUAUGGUCUGGACACCCUGACAGUUGUGGGCAUUGCCUUUGUAGCCUUUGUGAUAGGUGCACUGCUGACAGGAGCAUUGUGGUUCAUUUAUUCCCAUACAGGAGAACCAGUGGGAAGACAGCAGGUACCUACAUCCCCGCCAGCCUCUGAAAACAGCAGUGCAGCCCACAGUAUUGGCAGCACACAAAGCACCCCCUGUUCCAGCAGCAGCACAGCCUAACCCAGGGGGUGGGAUGCAAGUCCAAGGAGCAACAUAGGAGAGCAGAGGUUCGAAUGGAGCUGUUUGUGGUCAUUUGCUUUGGAAGGAUUGGUUUUGAUUCUUUGGCAGGGAUUUCCUUUGGAGUGUUUUUUUUCUCCUUCUGGAUAAACGUGAUCCUUGAACCAUUUGCAGCAAGCUAGGCUCACACAUGACAAAGCUACUAUUUAUGUACGGCCGUGGAUUGUGUAAAAAGAUCCACUGGCUUUCAAUGUGAAACACAAGCCAGUUUUCUUUUUCCUUACGUGCUGCUUUGUCUCUGCAGAAUCACAACGUUGGGUUCUGAAAAUGUCAAGGUGACAAAGGUGUCUGUCUGUAAAGGGUUUUCAGCCUCAUAAGCUGGGGGAAGGAUUUAUUUUCCCCCUUCCCUUCUAUUAAGGGAUUCUGUCUCAUCAGAACAGGCAUGUUUGAAGUACAGAGCAACUCACUUUUAAGAUCUUCAGCUACAUGCUGUCAUUUCACAGAAUCUCUUUUUUAUUAGUAGCGUUAUUGUUUAGCUUGACUUUGGCGCACAACAUUUUGCCUGCUGUCAUGUUCCCCGCAGCUUUGGAUGUUUGUCUUCCGCAAGUUUCACCCACUGAUAGCAAGCAGAAUCUAAAACAUUCCUGUACAAAACUAUGGAUUUUAAAUUGAUUAGAUAUUUCUAGUGACUCGUGUGUGUGUGUGUGUGCCCAUUCAUACAUUCCUUAAUGCAAGUCUCUGGAUAUAUAAUACUGAUCUUAUGAUAGUGUAGUUCCCAAAUGUUUUGUUAAUGGAAACCAAUACAGCAGUCUUGACUUCGUUCAGAAUUUAAGUAUUAGCUUGUCUUUUAGGCCUUUACACUAUAGUGUGCAUUACCUGCUGGUUGUAGUCUCACAUUUGACAGACAAGGCACCCGUGGGCCCUUUCAUGUAUGCCUGCAGUGCCGCCUGGUAUUAAGGCCUCACAAGACAAUCCUCUGGGAGUUCUGCAUCAGGAGGAGCUCCCAGAGUUUGUUUGUUUGGCAAUCCUCCUUGCCAGGCAUGUGGGCCAUUAAUUCAGGGCAGGAGUGGGGGCGGGGGGGGGAAGCCUUUUCUCAUGCAUCAUUUUCCCAUUUUAAAACAUCCUGGGGUCUAAUUUGCCCCAUUGGGAAAAUUUAUAUGUAAGUUUUCCCAACAAGGCAAAUAGUGUCCUCCAAGCCAUUUUAUCUUGUGAAAAAGGCAUAGUAGAAAGCUUAAACCCCACUCCUCUCACACCAUGGUCCUGAUUUGAAUCUCGUCUCCACAUGCCUGUAAGAAACUUUUUAAAAAACCCUGUAAGCUCCUGGCACAGAACUUCUAGAUUUUCUGUCAGGACUUCAGUAAACGAGGAAGCGUCUUCUUCUCCCUCACUUGAGAACCGUGUUGUAGAACUCUAAGCAGAGGUAAUUGUGCAUACUAUAAUACCAUGUGUGCAUGGUUAACAUUAUAUGUAAAUGGUGGUUGUGUAUUAUUGGCCAGUCUCGGGCCCUUAGGCACAUCUGAAUAUAACCCACAGUUGUAGAAAUGGCUAAAAAUCAUACAAGAUUCAGGAAAGAAAAUUGCUGUAGAGAGAUAUUUGGGAAUUUGACCAUGUACUUUGAACACUGUCUGUUGUGUUGAUUCAUAGUAAUCUAGAAACCUUCUUUUUAGACAAUGCAUCAAGCAGCGUCUGCCUGUUAGAAUAGGAGCAUUUCUAGAUUCUAUUUAGCAGCAUCCAGAUGUGUCCACAUUUUGAGCCUGACCCAUAACAGAUACGCAGAUAUCCCUGUUGUUUUUCAUUUAGCAGAUGAUUGUAAUAAUUUAAUUUGAAUUCCAUCUGAUAAGAAUGUGCUACAUUUUCAGCAGCUAGCUUUUUGUUAUUCAUUCUCUGUGCUUCCAAAAUUUUCUCAAAGUCUUAUGAUGAGUCUGUUUUUAAUGCUCCAUAGGAGAAAGCUAUUGAGCAGGUUGUUUUUGCUUGACUCACCAUGUAUAAGAAUGAAAGUACUGCUUAAAAGACCCUCUGUGUUUCACAUGAAACUGCUAGUUCAUCAUUGCACCAUUGCAAUUGGAUAUAUCCGAAAGUACUGUUUGGAAUACUGAUUUUCACAGUAACCAUUAGUAUCUUUGCCUUCCCUAAGCCUUAUGAUAUAUCCCACAUGGAAACAGAAGGAUGUGGUUUGAAACAGCAGGAAUAUUGUGCUAUCACUUGGUAAACCAAAACAUAGUCUUCUGAUGCUGCAAGCAAAAUAAGCAGCGUGCUCCCUUUUCAGGCUAGCAAAAACUCAGUUCUUACUACCUUCAGGGGAGAUAGCUCCCACGCUCCUUGCUCUAACAGAAUAAAUUUAAUUUUGCUAGAGCAACAAAACUGUUCGCUUUGCAGUAGAAUUCUACUGCAAAUUCAAUCCGUGUGCCCAAUUAAGUGGCAUAACUUCAGUUCAAUCUGAGUCCCCCAUUUAUAUUAAUAUCAGUUGAUAAUCAGAUUGAGUCAGAAUGAAUUUAAAAUCUGUCAGAUUAUACGUGGUUUGGGCAACAGAACAGAGUUGUGUCUUUAAUUAGGUGCUUAAAUAUGGUUUGAAUAUAGUCCUGUAAACACUUCCUCACAAAGCGAACUUUGGGCCCAAUUCCGUAGAACGGCUAGCUCAAAUCUAACUGUCCAAAGGAUCCUGGGGAAAGGGAAGACACAGAGUCAGGGGAAAGGGAAUGCACCUUGUCAUCUGGCAGCCUUUGUUCAGAGUGAGGCAUGAGUGGAAGCAGGGACUUAAAACAAUCCCCGCCAGUCCUCAAAAGCCCUUUGCCGCUCUCAUCAUAACAAGCCGAUGGGUGGAUCGAGCCAGGGUAGCUAACCCAGCACACCAGCCCUGAGCGCUCAUAUGCUUUUAACAGUUACCUGAUUUGCAGCAAGCAGCAACGCCCAAAACAAAAGCUGCAUAAUAUCUUUUAUUAAGACAACUCCAGAUAUCAUAAAAGUAUAUGCCAUUUUUUUUAGUUCUGCAGAACUUUUCCAUCAGGUUGGAUGUUAAAGGGGUAGAAGGGGAAAAGUUUCAUGUCACAAUCUUCUCAAGGCCUCAUUUGCAUUCUGUGAAGAAUACCAGGGAGAUAGGAAUAGACAGUAGUGGUGGAGCUGGUAUCAGAUUUAACCUUUUCCCUUCUGGGAAGAAGAAGAAGGGAACAAUUGGAAGCUUCCAAUUGUAAAGAUUUUUUUUUAAAAAAAAACUACUGGUUAACUCAAUGUGUCUCUAGCAUCAAAUGGAACAAAGGGAUCGCUUUAAAAGGCUGAGACUGUAGGGAAUAUGUGACAGUCAUUGUAUUAACAAUGCUGGUGAUUAAUUUUAGAUUAUGCACUUUGUAAAGCGAAAUUGAGUAAUACUACCUAGUGGAUGGGUGGAGGGAACCCCAUAAGUUUGUGCUCAAGGCAUUUUCCACCAGUUGAAGAAUCCCUCAUUCAGCUAAAUUCAGGCAUUUCCAAAAUAGGACAGAGGUUGCAGGUUGCCCUUGGUCAUAUCAUUAAGAUAAAGGUUAUCCCUAGUUAACUCCCACAAAGCAAAUAACUGUUCCAGUCACAGCUGUAGAGGCUGGUUCAGAUUUCAUCAAAGAGUGCAGUUUCCCCUGUUGCUGUUCACUCUGGAGGUGGAGAGUGCCAUCAAGUCAUAGCUGACUUAUGGUGACCCCCCCCCCACACACACACGCACGUAGUUUUAGGGGUUUCAUGCCAAGAGACUAACAGAGAGGUUGUUUGCCAUUGCCUGCCUCUGCAACCUUGGUCUUCGUUGGAGGUCUCCCUUCCAACUACUAACCAAGGUCAACCCUGCUUAGCUUCCAAGAUCUGAUGAGAUCCUGCUUGCCUGGGCUAUCCAGAUCUGGCCAUUGUUCCUUCUACACACACAUACCCCUGUUAGUACAUUGCAUAGAAAUUUGUCCUGGCAAAGGGGACAAAAGCUCAGAUCUGUUUGUGUGUGCUGGUGCAACAGCCAACAGAUCUGAGAAUCCUGAUAGAUUUGGAAUGUAUCAAAAUGUAACUAGGAUUAUUGGAAUAAAUUAUUGACAUUCUCAAGUGUUUGCAGGACUGGACUAUUGAGUGUUAUCUGGAGAACCAAUUUGCUUUUUGUGGAUCUGAAAACAAUGUGCUUUGCCUAACCUUCAGCUGAAUGUAUUUUGUAAUUAUAUUCUGUGUAUGAAAACCUUUUUUAAAAUGUCUUCAAAGAAGACUAGAGUCUUUAAAUCAAUCAUAGCUAUAUUUUACUACAUUAAAUGUGGGCAUAAAGAUAUAUAUAGAUAUAUUUAAAUAUAAGUACUUUAUAUAAGAUGUUUAAUUUCAGUUACUGUGAAUUCUACGGUUUUGUACAUUCUUUCUCUUCCCUGUUUUAAUCCUUUCCCCUCAGAUUUUUUAAAAAGUAGAGGUCUCAUAGGAAGUAUUAAAAACUUGGUUUUGGGGAUGAAAGUUUAAAAACUUGUUAUGUAAAAUAAUUACAUUGUAUAUUUUUUUGAGAGAGAAAAGCUGCAUUCUCAAUAUUUCUAUCCGUAAUUUACUCUGAAGCCUAGAUUUAUAUUUACAGUCUCACAAAACCCCAAAAGCACUAUAGACAAGUGGCAUUUUUCUAGCCUUAUAUUCAAUAUUAAAUUUUAAUUAAUUGAUUGACCUUGAUGCACUUGCUUAAAAAUAUUUCAGAAUGCUCACUUUAUUAUAUGCUGACUGUAUUAUAUUUAUUUUAUUAGCAGCCUGAGUUAAUUCUUAUUGGAUACCUAUAUGGUAGAGCAAAUGCCUGAUUCAAAUUAUGGCCCUAAAAAAAUUGCAUUAUCCCAUAAGUUCAAAAGGACUGUGCAUUUUCCUUUGUUUGGCUCAAAGCCUAAAUAUUCUUAUCUCUUGAUGCAGAAAUAUACAUGUACAUAAGAAUUUCUUGCAUACAUACAUGAUGGCCCAUUAAUUAGAGUGGAGAGUCCAAAAACUCAUUUGCCUUCCAUGUCUGGAUUGGAUUCCAUCACUGAAAAUUGAUGGGAAACUCUUGUAGGUGAGAAACUUCCAUGUGCGUAUCCAAGUUCCAUAAUUGGAUCAUGAUAGACUGUAAACCUCAAGCCAUUUAAUCCUGCAUAAACUUUUUGAUUUUGAUACGUCUGUAAAAGUCGAGGAUUGCAGUAUUAGAGAACUUUCUGACCCAGACAUGUUAGAAAGAAAGGGAAUUUCCUUGGAGAUAGCUUCACCAUAAAACUGAACAAUGUCUUUUCCCAUAGCCAUUGAAAGCUGUAUUUCUGUUACCAAUGUAAACGCUAUAUUUUGUUGUCAUAUUAUUUACUGUAAGGUUUUAAAGCAAAUUAUUUGGUGUUGUGUACUAACGAUAUUAUUUGAUGUUGCAUAGCAUUUCUUGAGAAACUUACCUUGCCUCUCUAACAAAGUGUAAAACCAUGAAAGUUUUAUACUAGUUUGCAAGUCAAGGCUUUAGGCAGCGUUUGUGUGUCUAAAUGAAAAUUUCAGCUGCUCCUAGUUUGGCAUUUCAGCAGAACUGUUAAAAGCUUUUUGGAAGUAUAUAAUGUCUACUGGAUCACUUCAUGCUUGUUGACACGUUCAGCAAAUUCUAAAGAUUGGUGAGGCAUGACUUCCUUUUGCAGAAGCUGUGUGGAUUCUGUCUUAUCACCACUUGAGCUUCUUCUAGUUAACAAGUCUGUCUUUUAUAAUACUCUUUAACCAGUUUACCGUGGACAGUCAUUAGGAUGACAUAUCUUUAAUUUCCUGGAUCCUCCCUCCCCACCCCCUUUUCCUUUUAAAAAUUGCAUUAUGUUGGCUGCCUUCCAAUUCUCUGGUAAGGAGGUGUGAAGAAGUUGGAUGUGGGUAUUAACCAAUGAGUUACUUCAUGUUUGAGUCCUUUAAAGACUUAUCCAGCCCCAGUUGCUUGUUAAUUUGUAAUUUCUCUUUUAGUUCUAAAAUUAUCAUUUGUCCAUGCCUAUUGGACAUUGUUCCUCAGAUGUCCUUCCCAAAAACAGUGUUGAGAUGUUAAACUAACUCCAGCAUCUGCUACAGUGUAAGUGACAUGAAGAAUUCAUUUAUCCUCUGCAAUUUGCCUUCCCUCCUUUAGUUCUCCUUUCACACCUUUUUCAUCUAAAGAUCUUGAUGCCUUGCUGUCUCUUCUACUGUUCCUCGUGUAUUUGAAUAAAUGUCCUUUGCUGUCUUGAUGCCUGUAACAGCUGGCUUCUCAAAUGGUUUCUUUGCAUGCCUUAUCGUCCACUUACAUUUACACAGUUUACUACAUUAAGGUUGUUGCCUUCCCAUCAGUGGAAGUGCCAAAGUGAGGAAUGCUGGAUUAAGGUUUCAAAAGAAAACAAAUCUCACUCCAACUCUAAUUUCUGAAACACAAUCUCCAAAGUACUUUGUAGUAAUAUCCAUAUAUUAUCUAAGCACAAGCUUUUGCCUUUUCAAAUAUUUUUGCAUUGGGCAGCUUUUAUUUUACUGUCACUAGCUGAAAUGUCAUGAAAAAUGUCGUGUGUCGGUUGAUGCAGAGUUCUGCAUGUUGUUUGAAAGAAGAUUGUAUGUUUGUUUUAGUUGAUUCCCUUUGUUGUUUAUGGUCAUUAUGUGCCAUGGUCUUUUCUGUGAUGUGUAUCUACCUCAUGCUUCAAAAGGAGACCCUACUGCUGAUUGUAAAUGCAGUCUUGCAAGCACCUCUGAUGCACAUCCGCUGUCCCUUUUGGGAGGAUUGUGUGGAGCCUCCAUGCAAGGCCCAGUAGAAUGAGGGAACGGAGGAUGCGCAGCAGCCGUACUUGUAGAUUUGCACCCUGUGUGAGUAGAGUGCUUUCUGUGAGGCGACUGUUGUUCUCUGUUUUGUCUGUCACAUCUGGGGUGUUCAUCAAACAACUGAAUCACUGUCCGGUGCCUGCCAUUUCCAAAAUACAAUACUUUUCACAUUUUUAUUUUUAUUUUUUUUAAAUGAGCCUAAUUUCCUAAUGUUUUUUUUUUUUAAAAAAAAAACCCGCUAGUGGGUGAAAUAUGCCUGCUUAAAAUCCCUGUGGCCAGUUUGAACACCCCAUUUGUAUUUGUUUGUAUGUUUCCAAAAAAAUCCGCUUUGUAUAAAUGAUAAGUUGUACAGUUUUGAUAGCCACGAAGUGUCGAGCUACCUUGAGUCCUCUGUGCUUAAUAAAAGUAUAUCAAUUAUUA